AUGGCAGAUCAACAUUGGGUAGCAAGGAAACUAGAAAAGAGAUUGUUGAGUCAGCCACGGUUGACACAUGCAGAGGCAUGGGAUCACAUGAAGGUUGAUUACAAUGUGAUACUCAGUGAUAAAAUGCUGUACAGAGGACUUCGGAUGGCCAGGGAAAAGUAUGUUGGUAACGAGAAGGCGCAAUAUGGGAAGUUGCGUGACUAUCUAAACGAGAUACACCGGAGCAAUGAAGGUUCAUCUGCACUGUUGGCAGUGGAGCCUAUACCUCAAUCUCCUCCUUUAUUUGAUAAGUUGUAUAUUUGCUUAAAUGCCUGUAAAAGGGGGUUCAAGGCUGGAUGUCGCCCUUUGAUAGGUUUAGAUGGAUGCUUCCUGAAGGAUUUUUAUGGGGGACAAUUAUUGUCAGCUGUAGGACAAGACGCGAACAAUCAUUUUUAUGUGAUUGCGUAUGCAGUAGUUGACAGUGAGACGAAGGCAAGUUGGAAAUGGUUUCUGCAGUUGUUACAAGAUGAUCUUGGGCAAUGCACUGCCGAUGUUUGGAACUUCAUUAGUGAUCAACAGAAGGGUCUUCUACCAGCACUGAAGGAAGUCAUGCCUAACGCCCAUCACAGAAACUGCGUUAGGCACAUCUGGAAGAAUUUCACAAACAAAUACAAGGAUACACAGCUUAAGAAUGUGGUGUGGGCUUGUGCCAAAAGCUCAACCGUUGCAGAGUUUAAUGAUAAUAUGCAAAGACUGAAGAGAAUGAAUGAGGACGCGUGGGCUUACCUUGCAAAAUUGGAUCCAGGAUGCUGGACUAAGUCAAAAUUCAGCCACUACCCUAAACUGGACAAUAUCACCAAUAACAUGACAGAGGUGUGGAAUGCCAAAAUAGUACACUAUAGGGGAAAACCUAUACUCACAAUGCUAGAGGAGCUCAGAUGUUACAUUAUGCGAAGGAUGGCACAACACAAAAAGGCCCUAAGCAUGUACACUGGGGUAGUUGCUCCUGUAUUUGAGGUGCAAAUGCACAUGAAGAAGCUGGGGGUGCACUUAGGUAAUAGCACAUGUACAUGUAACAUGUGGCAACUUACAGGAAUUUCAUGUGUGCAUGCCAUGGCUGCUAUUGCUAAGAGGGGAGACAGAGCGGACACAUAUGUGCACAAGUGGCUGAAGAUGGAUGCCUUCAGAGCAACAUAUGGUCAUUCCAUUAGCCCCGUCUACAGUGAAGAGUAUUGGGAGAAGUCUGGAGAAAUAAGCUCAAUCCCUCCCAAGAUUAAGAGGCCAAUAGGGCGUCCAGUAAAGAGAAGAAAACGAGAUCCAGUAGAAGACGGAGCAGAGGGUAAUAAGGCAAAAAGGACCUUCCGAGUCACAUGCGGAAAAUGUGGAGAGACUGGCCACAAUGCUAAGACCUGCAAGGGAGCUCCUAAGGCUGGAACUAAUCCUAAAGGAAAGGUCAAAGAAAAAUCCAAGGAAAAGUCAACUGUAACACAAGAAGAGGUUCAGGUUUCUCAAUCGGCACCAGUAACUGAGCCUGAUAUGUGUGAUAACAUGCUUAGGAUUCAGCCUGAGGCACCAACAAAUCAUACUUUACCAGACAUAGGAAUGAAUGUGAAUGCUGCAACUGGAAUACAAAAUCAGCCUCAGCAGCCUAGUAGACGUCCAAAGCAGACAAUAAUUAGGCCCAAGAGACAGGAAAGUGUGAGUGUUGAGACAAUGGCAGCUGCAAGUAGUGGCACAACCUCCAAAAUAUUCAAAUUCAUUCCAACGCCCGGACUGAACCAAUCUAAGAAGAAAUGA